AUGGGCGAGUUCGGUUCAAGUGUUCAUCGAUCGGGUGGAUCUAUAUGCUCCGGGAGAAUCCAUUUAGAUAGUCCUUUGUGGCUCCGGUGGCGACUCGAUCAACGCGUUAUUACUUCAAGGCUUUUUGGUAGGAAAGGCGGUAGUAGAGUUGCUAGAGGUGUGGGGAGUCCUCUUGGAUUAUUAGUUCUACUUUUUGGUACAUGGAGACUAUACAGAUUCAUAAAGAAAAGAAAAGAAAUUAAACGCAAGAAAGCAUUUUUCAAACGAAAUGGUGGCCUUUUGUUGGAACAACAGAUACACUCGAGUGAAAACAAUGUCGAGCAAACCAAGUUGUUCGAUUCAAAAGAGUUAGAGAAGGCAACUGAUAAUUUCAACAUAGACAGAGUUCUUGGGCAAGGAGGCCAAGGCACUGUAUACAAAGGAAUGUUGGAAGAUGGAAAGAUUGUUGCCAUAAAGAAGUCUAAAAUAAUUGAUGAAGCCAAACUCUCUGAAUUCAUCAAUGAAGUUGUCAUUCUUACACAAAUCAAUCAUAGAAAUGUUGUCAGGCUAUUGGGGUGUUGUCUGGAGACAGAUGUUCCACUUCUAGUUUAUGAAUUCAUCCCAAACGGAACACUUUCUGAGUAUAUUCAUGACAAAAAUGCAGAGUUUCCUUUCACAUGGAACAUGAGAUUACGAAUUGCCACUGAAGUUGCAGGAGCUCUUUCAUACUUACACUCAGCAGCUUCUUUUCCAAUUUAUCAUCGAUAUAUCAAGUCUACGAACAUACUCAUUGAUGAAAAAUUGAGAGCUAAAGUUGCAGACUUUGGUACAUCAAGAACUAUCUCCUUAGAGCAAACUCACCUGACCACUUUAGUUUAUGGCACAUUUGGCUAUCUUGAUCCAGAAUCCUUUCAGUCUAGCCAAUUCACAUAUAAGAGUGAUGUUUAUAGUUUUGGAGUUGUUCUUGUCGAGCUCUUGACUGGACAAAAAGCAAUAUCUACAACAAGGUCAGAGGAGGAAGGAAGAAGUUUGGCAACAUAUUUCAUAAUGACAAUGGAGGAAAAUAGCAGUAUUCUGUUCGACAUUCUUGAUGCUCAAGUUGUCAAAGAUGCGCCAAAAGAAGAGAUCCUAAUUGUUGCUAAUCUUGCACAAAAAUGCUUACACUUGAGCGGAAGGAAUCGACCUACCAUGAAAGAAGUAGCAAAGGAGCUAGAGAGGAGGAUUCAAGGCAUUGAUAAUAAAGAUUCUAAGGUAGUCAACAACAUAAUUAUGAUUAUGAAGAGCUAG